AGUCUCUUGAUGCUCGCCGGUCUGGCGAGCUAUGCUCUCGCCCUCCCCGCUGAUAUGUCGGUCGACCGCCGCACUCUCGGCCUUGACAUCGGUCUCGGCAUCGAUCUGAACCUCAGCGGCAUCGUGGGUGCCCUGCUCGGUGGUGGACAAAGCCCAGCCAACCUCCUCUCCGGUCUUAGUGCGCAGGGAGCCGCGGCCUUCCAAGGAGGUGCUUUGGGUUGCAAGGCUGGUUCCAUCCACGCCGAUGCUCGUGCUGACCUCAAGGCUUUCCUCAACGCCCACGCUGACAUCGACAUUGAUGUUUCCCUGAAAUCCUCCCUCUUGGACUGGUGUGAUGGUGAAGAUGGUGCCACCCUCUCCGUCGACAUUUGCGCCGGACUUUCUCUGUUCACCCCUACCUGCGCUGACAUCGCCGCCAAGGGCAACUUGGUUGUCACCCUCGAAGGUAUUCUCGGAGCUGCCGACCUUACUGCCGACGUUAUCCUCAACGGCGACGCUCAGUCCUCCCUCGAUGCCUUCAUCAAGGGAUCUCUCGGUGCCGCUCUCGACGCCAAGGUUAAGGCUGGUCUGAAGCUUUGCGCCGGAGGUGGUGUUGUUGCCAGCUUGUCUUCUGACCUCCAGGCCGCUCUCAAGGCCUUCCUGUCUGGCUCUGACUGCAGCCUCGAUGCCUCCCUGAAGGCUUCCGUUGAGGCUUGGUUGUCCGGCAAGACUGGAACCAACGUUGUCACCAUUGGCAGCAUCCCCACCGGUGGCUUGGCCUCCAAGUCCGUUGGUGCCGCCGUUGACGCCCUGGUUACCGCCGAAGGUGCUCUCACUGGCAGUGCUACUGCUUCUCUCUCUGCUUUCCUCAACGCUACUGUUUCCGCCGACCUUGACGCCAAUGUUAAGACCGCUCUCCAGGCCUGUGCCGGUGGCAAGCUCGCUUCCUCUCUCAGCCUCGAUGCCCGUACUGCCUUGGCUACUUGGCUCUCUGGCUCCAAGUGCGCUCUUGGUGCUGAGCUCAAGUCUGUCCUCCUUUUCUGGCUCUCGUUUGCUGUCACCACCGACGUUACCGUUGACUUCUCCGGCAACCUCAUCACCGACAUCCUCGGCUUCGUUACCACUACCGUUGAGGCUAUUCUCGGCACUACUAUCCGUGGUGUCCUGUCUAUCCUGCUCGGUGGCGAGAGCUUGCUCUCCCUGUCCCUCGAGAGCCGUGCUGAGCUUGCUGCCGUCCUUGGUGGUGCUGCCAACGUUGAGAUCGACAGCCACAUCCAGAUUAUCCUGAUCGGCUGGCUCACCGGCUGCAGCCUCCCUGGUGCUCCCGUCACCACUGGCUCCAGCUCUACUGUCAUUCCCUCGACCAUCCCUGGCGGUGCCGUCACCAGCGUUCCCGUUGUUCCUACUGGCCCUGCUCCCAGCAGCCCCGCUCAGUCUGCUACCCCCAGCGGCCCUGCUCCCGUCCCCAGCGGUGAUUCCCCGGUUCCCAGCGGCCCCGCCUCUUCUGGCGCUGCUUCCAGCACUCCCUGCGACACCAUCACCAGCGAGACCGUUAUCCCCUCGACCAUCCCUGGCGGUGCCGUCACCAGCGUUCCCGCUCAGUCUGCUACCCCCAGCGGCCCUGCUCCCGUCCCCAGUGGUGACUCCCCGGUUCCCAGCGGCCCUGCCUCUUCUGGCGCUGCUUCCAGCACUCCCUGCGACACCAUCACCAGCGAGACCGUUAUCCCUUCGACCAUUCCCGGAGCUCCCGUUCCCUCUGGCCCUGCCUCUAGCAGCGCCCCCAGUGUCCCUGUUGUGCCUACCCCCUCUGCUGCUCCCAGUGUCCCUGCCUCGUCUAGCGCUGCUUCCAGCACUCCCUGUGACACCAUCACCAGCGAGACCGUGAUCCCCUCCACCAUUCCCGGAGCUCCUGUCCCUAGCGCUCCCGCCAGCUCUGCUGGCUCUUCCACCACUCCCUGUGACACCAUCACCAGCGAGACUGUGAUCCCCUCUGUCAUUCCUGGUGUUGUUGCUCCUUCUGGCAGCGCCCCCAGCAGCCCUGCUGUUGUCACCCCCUCUGCUGCUCCCAGCGGUCCCGCUCCUGUCCCCAGCUCGACCACUCCUUGUGAGACCAUCACCAGCGAGACUGUUAUCCCGUCCACCAUCCCCGAGGGUGCCGGUCCUACUCAGAUCUCGAGCGUUCCCGCUGUCCCUACCCCAUCCAGCCCUGUCCCCAGUGCUGGUGCUUCCACCACUCCCUGCGAGACCCUGACC